AACAAACCAGAGAUCAUCAACCGCCACCGCCUCUCUCCCAGCUGUGUGUUAGCUUAGCUUCUCUCUUAGCCCGAGGGCUCCUUCAGAAAUCUACUGAUUUAAUGUUGUUAAUCGUCUCGUUUGAAACUGAUCACGCCUGGAACCGGAACCAGAACCGUUUCAGUUUCAGGUUGAGUCGUCUUGUGAUUCGGGAUCGUCCCGGACACCAGGGAACUGUCCUUCGCGUGAGAUUUGUCCUUUUGUGCUGAAACGUGCUGUCACUUCCUGGGACUUUCCCCCACAUGUUUAACACGGUGGCCUUAAAGUUUGUGCUCCUGUUUGUUGAACCUGAUGAAGAAGAACUUCCAGCUUCCUGGAAACCAGUCGAGCGGGACGUGACGACAGAUUCACGCUAAGAUGUGAACGCGACGGGUUUUUAAAUCAGCGCAGAUUUAAAGGAAGUUUGGUGUCAAGUUAAAAGAAGACCAGUUAACCUAGCACGAAGCUAAAUGAGCUAAAGCUAACGACAAACUGAUCCACCGAGAUGAGCAGCUCCAGGCAGAGAGCCAGAGAUCUCCUGAAGGCCUACGACCACAGUCUGGAGCAGCAGAUUGUGGGACGAGGCUCCAGCCAUGCGUGUGGAGACGAGGAGCUGUGGAGGCAGGUGGAGGGUCGGCUGAGGGAGGGAGACGCUCAGGACACCCACUGCCUGGGUCUGGAUCCACUGGCGGUGAUGGAGGAGUCGCUCAAGGCGGCGCCAGCGACGACAGCGGCGCCAACCACAGCGAGGGGUGUGAAGGUCAAAUCCAGAGGACGACUGCAGGGCCUGGCUAAAGCUUUUGAGGUCCUGGAGCAAGCGGCCCUCAACCUGUACCUCGGCCCCUGGAGGGACGAGUACAAAGUCGUCAAGAUGUAUUCCGGUACUUUCACCCACUUCAUCAAACCAGUGCUGUCGAUGCCUCAGAUUGAGAAACUCUUCGGCCUGUUAGGAUACCGGCCCAGCUCACACGAGCAGCUCUUCCUGCAGGAGCUCAGAACCAGCCCUGCUUCUCUGGACGAUCUCCUCCGCUUGUCCUGCGCCUUCUACCUGGCUCGUUGUGAGUGUCGCCUCCUUCAGGCGGCUCUCGGGAAGCAUGUGGGCGAGGCCCAGUGGGAGCUGAGUGUGGUGCGAGAGCGGCAGAGAGGAAGCGGCCUGCAGGUCGCCAUGGACAUCACCAAGAAGACCAUGAAAGUCAACCAGCCGCGGAUGGAGCCGUUUGCCGGCGGAGUGGACGUGGAUCUGUACACAGACGAGCACCUCAACGGGGGGGCGGCGGCCGUGAGUGACGACAAAACCUGGCUGACUCAAAAGAGUUCGUCUCCACCUGCUGUCAAAACCCACAGCGACGGAAUGACAUCUCAGUCGUCCUCAUCCGCCUCCGUGCCCGCCAGAGAGCACGUCUGCGUCACCACACUCAACUGUCAGCUGACCAAGAUGCCUGCUGUGGACUCGGCGGUCGGCUCAAGGUUCGACAAGGCAGACUCUGAACCCCACGGGGGCAGCUCGCAGUUAGAAGCUGUGGCUCUUAGUAAGAGUGAGAGUGAAGCCAACCACUUCUGCAGCUGCCUCCAGUCUCCUCAUCUUUACCUUCAACACUGUAUUGAAUGUAAUACGUUGCACGAUAUCAGCUGUGCGUUGCUAAAGCACUGCUCGAUGGAGCACCACACUGUGGAAGAAUCUGGAGCAGCGUCGCCUCAAAGUCUCGCAGCGAGCGACAUGAAUGCAUCACCAACUCUCAGCAGCAGCGCAGCCAGGUCCUCCACAGUUCCACGAGAUGUCCCCGAAUCCGUAAUCCCGUCUCUUCAUCCAAUCAGCUUCCACGACUGCUGCAACCUGGCCCAGCUGGACCCGCAGGUCCUGUGUCGCAGCUGCAGCGUGUUCCACACCGGCUCCUGCAGAGAGCUGGACUACUGCCAGAUCCACCACACCACAAAGCUGCUGGGAGUGUGUGGCUGCGGGAAGCUGUGUCCCAGAAAACCUCUGGUUCUGUGCAGAUACUGUGGAACCGAGUAUUGUCGGGACUGCUGGUACAGGAGUCCUGUCUUUUGCGCCUGUGGCGAAACGUUUGACCAGUCGUCCUCCGUGUGACUCUUACUGGAAAAGCUUUGCACUAACGAGGCACAACUAGCGAAGCCAAAGUGCCUUAAAUCUGCACACGUUCAAAUCAAGUACAAUCAAAUCCAAAUGUUGCCUUGGCUCAAUGCUGACACGCAGUAUUUAGUGGUCCCAGUUUUUCUAUUUGUGACUUUUUCCUGAGACUUUCGUGAAUCUGACGUCCAGUUCUGUUUGUAACUCGUCCGACUGACCCGAUGUGAGCGUGGAGAUGAACCUGCCACCAGACGCCCGUCUCCUUCGGCCCAGAGUCGGAUUUCAAAAUCCCAUUUGUUACAGGAAACAACAAGAGACGCCUUCAAGCUGAAUGCUGAAUCUUUCUUUGUUUGUUGUUUUCUCUUUGAAGAAAAUUAGCCAUUUCAAUCGGUGUUCAUCUCCCUACAUACAAAAUACUCCAAAUGUCCCCCUCACUGCUUGGCUGGCAGCACAGUCGCUGCAUCCUGAGCUUCGCUACGAACACGGCUGUGAUUUAUAGAAAUGAAAAAGAAACCAGAGCUUUUUUCUUUGGCCUGCAGGACAAUGAUAAUCAGGUCGGACUUUGUGAGACUAGAUCACAUCAUCAUCAGAAUUGUGUAUUGUUGUUGUGAUCUCCGACACUUCAGUGUAACUUGGUGCAAAGCACAAAGUCUGUUUCAUCUGUAUUUGUUGCCUGCAGAGUAAAAAGGGUCAAUGCGUCA